AUGGACACAGCCAAGCAGCCAACCAAGCAGCCAGCCAUGGACACAGCCAAGCAGCCAGCCAAGCAGCCAGCCAAGCAGCCAGCCAAGCAGCCAGCCAAGCAACCAGCCAUGGACCCAGACAAGCAGCCAGCCAAGCAGCCAGCCAAGCAGCCAGCCAUGGACCCAGCCAAGCAGGAUUCCCCUCGAAGGGGCACCGCAGGGUUACCAGUGUGUCCUAUGAGUGUGAUAGCCUUUAAGGAUGUAGGAUUCCUCAGGGUUGUGGGAGUUCCUUGGACUACAGGAACCUUAAGGAUUACUGGAAUAUCCGUCUGCAGGAACCUCUCUGGAGAUGUUGAUUGUAAUCUUGUGGUCUCUUGGGUAAUGAGGAAAUGCGUCUCUGAACUGCUGCAACGAAUCUCUAAACUGCUGGAACGUGCCCCUGAACCGCUGGAACGAGUCUCUGAACUGCUGGAACGAGUAUCUGAACUGCUACAACGAAUCUCUAAACUGCUGGAACGUGCCCCUGAACCGCUGGAACGAGUCUCUGAACUGCUGGAACGAGUAUCUGAACUGCUGCAACGAAUCUCUAAACUGCUGGAACGUGCCCCUGAACCACUGGAACGAGUCUCUGAACUACUGGAACAAAACCGUCUGAAUAUAGAGGCACAGUCGACAUGA